GCCCCAGCACCAGGCAAGGACCCAGGUCCCUCAGUCCCAGUGCCUCCAAAGAACAUCAGUCCAAUGGUUCCAGCAGGAGCCACAGACCAGAGCUCCGAUGUGUCACAGCCACCAAAGGAUCUAGGAUCCCUGGCCCCUGAGCCCAGGAAGAACCAGGGUCCUGCAGUUCCAGACCUCGUUCCAGGUCAGGGUCUCGUGACUGCAACAACCCUCAAGAAUCAAGAACCCCCAGUCCCCGGGAAUCUGAGGGCUCCAAGUGCCAUGGUCCCAGCACCCAUGAAGGCAGAAGACCCCACGGCCCCUAAGCCUGCGACAGAGCGAGGUCCACUGGUCCCAGAGCCAGUCCAGGACUGGGGAGGAGGCGCCCUGGAGCAGUCAAAGGCCCCAGCUGCAGUGGAGAAGCAGGGCAGCAUCACAGCACUAGUCAAGGACCUGGGCCCCACAGCCGCCGAGGCUGCAAAGACUCAAGCCCCCAGCAACACAGUGCUAGUCAAGGAUGCAGGUGACGUGGCCCCCGAGGCUGCUAAGAAUCACGUGCCCCUAGUCAUGGUGCCUCUGAAGGCUCAAGCGCCGCUGGUGCCAACAACAGCCAAGGACCCAGGUCCUAUGGCUCCCGAACCUCUGAAGAUUCAAGGUGCCAGGGGCCCUCCACUGUCCACAGUCACACCUCCACCCCCAGUCAUGAUCCCUACUGUCCCUCACGCGGAAUAUGUGGAAGGCUCCCCUUAACGCCCGCCCCUCGAUGGGCUGCUGACAGAGCUGGCAGGGAAGGCUCCUAUUCACGCUGCAUGAAACGUGUACCAUAUAGUGCUGCUGGAAUCUAAUAAAACUGG